AUGCUUGCAUGCUCAUUUUCCUUUGUUUUUCUGAUUCUUGCGUUGCUGCAAGCUUCGACCCUCCAAGGGUAUCGUCUAGAUCCCCGAAACCUUUCGUCUGCGGCUGCAAGCUUGGGUGGGACUAGCGCCGGCGAAGUUGAGUUCGCAACCAUCGUUCAAGGAUGGUCCGCCGUUCCCUGGGCGUUCUCGAAGUGUCGAUCGACCUUUGAAAGCCGCCCUGCGGCCAAAUUGGCCACACAGGCCAUCACCACCCUCGAAUCCUCCAUCAAGAUUGUCGUCGCCCAGCAUAGCACUUGCAAAUUAUGCCGUUCCUUGGGCACUCAGAGCACCUACUACGUCGAAUUUGAACAAAUCAUACGCCAAAUCUUUCUUAGCUGGCAAAGCGUACUUCUUGACGGAUCCCAGAAGUAUGAGCAGGAGUGGAAGACAUCUAUCGGCUUGGGCUUUAAAACCUUUGACACGUUCUUAACCACCGUAUACAACAUGUGCAUCUUCCUCCAGAUUGACCUGUCGCUGAUUUUUAAGAGCAUUCACUUGAACUACCAAUUGUUCAAUGAAGUCGGCCUCAAUCUUGUUCAAAUUCUGAAGCUCAACAUCGGUGUUAGCGCCACGGGUCAAUCACCCCAGGGGGGCAUUCAAAGCAGUACUGCCAACGGAAAGCAGCCUCUACCCAAGUUGCCAAAUACUCCUGCAUCGUCAUCCGGUACUGCCCCAGCAAAUUCUACGCUGCCUCGUGGAAGCCUUCAAAGUGCCACUUCUAGCCAAAACCAGCCUCUAACCAAUGCGGCAUCAACCCCAGCCCCCGCCCCCGGUACUGCACCGGCAAAUUCUACGCUGCCUCAUGGAAGCCUUCAAAGUGCUACUUCCAGCCAAAACCAGCCUCCAGCCAAUGCGGCAUCAACUCGAGCCCCCGCGCCUGGCGCACCAGCAAGCAACACCAGGAGUAGCCCCGCCGGAGUGAGCCCAGGCGCGAAUACCAAUUUAGGGCAGGCGGCUUCUUCGCGACCUGGUGGACAAGGGCUAUCUGUCAUCGUGCAGGCUUGGUCUGGCCUUCCGAUCGCCUUUGGAAAGGUUAAAACGAUGUUCGACCAAAAGGUUCCAGCAUCAGUGGCCUUGCAAGCUGUUGGCACCCUACACGCGACAGUCCAAUCUGCCAUCUCGCGCUUCGGGACUUGCAAAUCGUGCACCAGUUUAAAUGCUUCAGAUGCCUCUUACACGGCAUUCCAGAGGAUAAUUCGUGAGAUAUUUACUGCGUGGCAGAGCUUACUGUUAACAGGAGAGCAGCAAUAUAAAGCCCAGUGGAGCGGUUCAUUCAAAGCCGAAUUCGCUAAGUUUGACCAGUUUCUGGUUGCGGUCUACGAUAUUUCUACUUCAAUCAAACUCGACCUUCGAUCACUAUUCGUGGCGCUUCAUUUGAAUGUUGAAGUCUUUAUUAGUGCUGGUCUUAACCUUUCCGCCCGCCUGAAUAUCCCCCAAUUGAGUGGGUUUAUUGGAAGCAGACUGCAAGGUGGAUCCACUCCAGUGGCCGGCGGAGUCACUCCGAUUUCUGGAGUAGCGUCGACAGGAGUCACCCCAACUUCUGGAGUAGCAUCACCAGGCUUGAAAGGAGUUCACCCAGUGAACGCUCAGGUCACUCCAGGAGCCGGCACAUUGGAUACAGGCGCAAGCGGCUUAGGCAUGGUAAACAGCCCCGGUGAAAAGGGGCUGUCGCUCAUUGUACAAGGAUGGUCCACGCUUCCCAAGGCCUUUGCUGAUUUGCAAGCCGCCUUUGAAAGACGCGUGUCGGUGAGUGCGGCAGUCCAGGCAGUAGCUUCUUUGCAUGCAACCAUUCAAGCAUCGAUGUCGCGCUACGGAACCUGUGAUUCGUGUGCCGGUCUGGCUGCCAGUAGCCCCAGUUCGGUCAAAUUUCGGGACUUGAUUGCCCAGAUCUUCACCUCUUGGCAAAACGUCCUUGAAGUUGGCCAGAGAACCUACCAGCUCCAAUGGAAAAGCUCAGUCGGACUUGAAUUCAAGAAGUUUGAUAGUUUUUGGCUCGCCAUCAAGAACUUAUCCGCCUCUGUUCGCCUCAACCUUGGUGCCCUCCUGAGUAGCAUCCAUUUGAAAGCCUCUGCCUUUGCGGACGUGGGCAUCGACGUAGGAGCAGGAUUGCAGAUCAGCGCGGGAGCUGGCUCUGACCCACAAGCUAUGCAGCCCAGCACGUCGAAAAUGCCGGCGCACGACAUCUCGGCUCUGGUAUAUGGGUGGGCAGCUUUACCAAGCGCAUUCCUCAAAUGUCAAUCCACUUUGGAGGGCCACGCAUCGUUCAGUGUGGCAUUCCAAGCCAUUGCUUCCUUACGCGCUACCUUGCAGUCGACUAUCUCAACCUACGGAUCUUGCAACUCGUGCAACACGCCAUACCCUCAAAGCGCCCUGGCUGUCCACUUCAGAGGAAUUAUCAGUCAAAUUUUCCUAUCGUGGCAAAGAAUCAUCUCCAUCGGAAGAGCGAACUAUGCGGCUCAGUGGUUGAUUCUCUCACGCCAAUUCAAACAAUUUUCUCUGUUCCUAUCGUCAGUGAAGGACAUCUGUAGCUCGCUGAAGAUUAACCUUGGCAAACUAUUUCAAGAAAUCAACAUCAAUGCGAACUUGUUCACGGACGUUGGACUCAAUCUUCAUGCUCACCUCGAUCUCAACAUCGGCGGCCAAAUCGGCGGGGGGAGGUGCACUGGAAAUUUCCUAAACCUAGGCUUCAGCAAUUGUUUGUUUGGCGGUUUCCAUGGGAUUUGA